UUGCCUGUAGUCGGCGUCUUGCUUAAACAGUACCUCCGUCAUGAGGAGAAUUCGCAAAAGGAGGCAAAUAGUCUUCCAAAUCUUUCUGAGCGCAUCGACUGCCAUCCUGACCCGCACCCUGAAUUCGAGCGAUGCAUUGACCGUGGCUGUGUUUGGGACGAACUAUCGGAAACGUUCGAAGGGCAGCCGCGCUGUUACUAUCCUAGAGACCAUGUAAUCCCUAAAUCCGGCCAGCUUUUCUCUUUGAUCGUAAGAGACGCGACGGAUGACAGAACGUUGUUUGACAGCAGCAUUGGCGGUUUCGUGUACAACGACCAGUUAAUACAGAUUUCGACGUAUUUGCCGUCGACGAGAAUGUACGGUUUCGGAGAGCACGCCCAUCCGUCUUUGAAACAUAGCUUUUCGUCAUACCAGACGUGGCCAAUGUUUGCGAGGCAUGAGCCUCGUUCCAGGAAGACGCAGUCGAACAACAACCUGCAUGGCGUGCAUCCGUUCUACAUGUGUGCCGACCAGUUUGGAAAAUUUCACGGUGUGUUAUUCUUGAACAGCAACGCUCAAGAGAUCACGAUCUUGCCGGCUCCGGCCAUCACUUACCGUACCAUCGGCGGCAUUCUGGAGAUGUACAUUUUUCGAGGACCUUCGCCUGCGGACGUCAUUCGCCAGUACUGGCAAUUGAUCGGACCGCCGCGGCUCGUUCCGUACUGGUCGUUGGGAUUCCAGUUGUACCAAGACCUAUACACUAGUGUUGAAAACAUCAAACAGCAAGCGAACGACAUGAAAAAAUUGGGUAUACCACAUGAAGUACACGCAUUCGGUUUGGGCCAUGUCCAGAAACAUCAAGACUCACUUUCGACCUAUCCCACGUUCGACGGGAUACACGAGUACAUCGCUGCAGAGGGGCGACGGUGGAUGAUGACCCUGACUCCAACGAUCAGCAAAGAGGCAACUGAAAGUCCCUGGUUUCAGCAGACUUUGGAUCCGCUUGGCCUGGUGACUUGGCCCUCACAAAACCCUCUCCCGGCGGAAGUAUUCCAUGGGAGAAUGUGGAAUAACGAUACGGCUGUGUUUUUGAACUUCGAAGUGCCCAGAAUGGAUGAUCAGUGGUCGACGGUGAUUCAUCGUAUAUAUGCAGAACUUCACUUCGACGGUAUCAUGUUAGGUAAGAACGUUUCAUAUUCAUAAUG